GAACUGUAACCGCUGGGAAGUUAUGUGGCUCUAGAGAUAACCGUGAGAGAGGGGUUUUAUGGGAUGGAAGCUUUGAUCUGUAUCGUACAUAGCUGGACCACUAAUGCAGUUUUGAUGGCCGGUGAUAAAACAGCCAUAAAAAAACCAAAGGACUAAAGUUUCAACAGAAGCUUCAGUAAUAUUAAGACCGGAAAAUAAAGGCUUUUAUAUACUAUUGCUAUGCACUUCUUAUUACAAGGUCCUCAAGAGGAAUUGUGCCUUCAAAUACUUGUUCUUGUAGUUAGCACUUAGUCAUGCUUAAUGAAGAUACUGUCACUUGAUGGGUGAAAUUGAAGCAAACCCUCCAUUAUAAGCUUUCCAAAACAUUCCUUCUGGUUUUUGUGCUUGCUAAAUCUAGCUCAAAACUGCUGGCAUAAAAUCCUGCAGUAACACAAUGUUUAUAGUUCAAUUCUAAGUAAUCAGGCAUCUUCUUUGAACAGUAUCUAAUGUUUCAGUUAAAAAAAGUUUCUUAAAUAUACUGUAGCUGCUUUUGUUCUCUAACAGUGUGAGGCAGCCAAAUUCCUGGUUACCUGUCUUGGUGAACAUGGUUGUCCUUGUCUGGCUCCACAGCUUGUUUUGAGCAGCUGGAUCUGAGCACUGAUGUAGCAGAGUCCUGUAUGUGAUUGUACAGGACGUACAGCUCUGCAGUAGAACCGUAUACAGAAGGGGCAAAGGGUUGAUGUGGAGGAGAAGCGCACCUGGGUGCGGAAGUAACAAAGAAAUCCUUCCUGUGACUUUCCGCAAGGGAUCUGUUCCAUACCGCGCAAAACAAUUUCUCAUCCUAGUGGAGAAACAAGAGGAAUAAGAGACUUGACAAGGAGGCUGGUUAACUGAAAAGGAACAGGUGCAGUGCUUUGACACUUGAAAGCUAAACAAAAUUCCUUUAAGUGAGCUGUUCUUGCAGAGUUUAAGGAAAUUUAUUGGCAAAACAUCUAAGAGGGACUUGAAUUUUCAUUUUGAGCAGGGAAUUGAAUUAUCACUAUUGCUUUUAUCACACAAAUCUAGGAAUGCAUGAGCUUUUUUUUUUUUUUAAAUGCUUUUGUUAUUUUUGGAAGAUUCACAAAUCUUUCAAAACCAUAUGCAGAAAAAUGGACAGCAAUGCUUUUUUAUAUGUUUUAGCAGAGACUUGUAGCAGCUGUACAAGUGAACAUUGUAACAAAAACAACUUCAAAAGCACCUGCAUGUAGCACAUUCAAGAUUCCAUUGCAUUAUGUUUUAUUUCUUUACAGAUAUUUAUGUGAAUAUGAAAGUCCAUAUACAAUUUGUCAUUGUUCAACAGCCUUUUCAUUCUGUAGAUGUAGUCAAAUGUAGUCUGGUUGCUUAAAUCUGCUAAAAUAUUUAUAAGCAAGUUGGCUCUUGGAAGAAGUUUCCCACAGGAUGCAGUGGGUGUCAGGUCUAAAGGUCAGUGGCAGACAAAGUGAAAGCUCUUUUGAAUUUAUUUUCUACAUGUUUUUAAAAACAAAUUCUCCUUAUUUAAAGAAGCAUGGAAUCUUCCUUUGUUACUUUAUAAAUUCCAAAUGCCAACAGGCAUUUACAGAUUCAUUUUUGCUUAAGUGUUUUGUUGAAAGCUUUAUUUUUUUCUGGAGGGGGAAAAAAAAGAUCAGUGCAGUGAAUAUAUUCAUGAACUCUUAGCACGGAAGUUCCUGGUGUAAAUAAAAAAAGCCAGAUGGAGUUUUAAGUGACUGCCAUGUACAGCUUACGAAACGGACAUUCCUGAUACUAAUAAAAGGGCCAGAUUGGAACUACAUAAUUAAUCCCAGCAUCCUUUUCAGCACGUGAUAAGAUUUGGCUAUAACAGCCGUAGAGUUAAUAGAGACAACUGCUAAUUUCUAUGAGGCAGUGGAUUGUUUGCCUAAAAUAAAAAUACCUGCAUGCCUGCUCUUGUAUGUAUCUACUGGUGAUUAAUGCUCUUGCUGCAGUUUAAAUGGGAAAAUAAGUGUAAGUAGUGGCUGACUUGGUUUUGAAUCUAUUUCUUGUCUUAAAUAUCUAUGUAAAUAUAUUUAUAUUCACAUUUAAUAUGUAUACUUUGUGAACAUAUUUUAUGUAUAUAAAUAUAUCUAAAGAUAGGAAAUAAGUAUAUAGGUUUUUUGAGUGUUACAUGGCAAAACCUUCUCUCCAUUGGAGCAGAUUUGAAAAGUAAUGACUGGGAAGCCCCAGGGAGUGAUCUUGCAUUAAGUUUAUUCACUGUAUGUAUCAGUGACCUGGAAGAAGUGUGCAGGAUGGUGCAAAGAAAGAAAGAAGGGAGGAAAAAAAAGGCUUAAGAGGUGGCAAAAAGUCUGUGCCAGAGACAGGAGGAGGAGUGGGCAGAUGGCAGCCAGUACAAAACAGGUGAAUAAUCAGAUUGAGAACAAACUCCAUAGACUGGGGGUGAGUGCUGUUUGCACGCUGCUUGUAUUUUUGGUUUAGUUUACAUGAUAGGGACUUUUCAUGUUGUGAUAUAUGGAACAGAGGUAAAAAUGGUGCAUUGGGAAGCAUAUACAAUGGUGGAAACAUGCUUGCCAUUGUCAGAGGGAGCUUCGGGGAUGAGUAGAUAGAUAGUUCUUUUGGAACUCUCUGGACUGGAAAACCUUAAAAAAAACAAAACUGUUCAGUUUUAUAGGCUUGACCUACAAGUUUGUUCAGAUCUACAUUUGACAUGCAUAAUACGGAAUAAUAUUAGUGCCUGGAUAAUAUGGAUGUGCUGCAUGACUAUGGAUUUUUUUUUUUAAUUUUUCUGAAAUCAAGAAGUAUUUGUGAUAAUUUGUUUACAUAGUUUAUUUUAUAUAGCUUGUUUGAAAACUUUUUGGGUGGCUGUUUAGCUUAACUGUUCAUUGCCUGGCUCAGGGAUCCUUUCCAUAUUGUUGCUUUGAGGCACCGUUGGAGUGAAGAAGGUAAAGAAGAACAAAGGGAUGGUUGUACUGAUGAAUGAUUGAUGCUGUAACACGUAGCACAAUGCUAAGGAUUAUACAAAAUAAAAGGAGACGGAAGAAUCCUCCCCUGCUGUUUCUUGCUUCAAAAAGAUUAAAAUAUCAAUUUAUAAUAAUAAUAAUAAUAAUAAGGCAUACAGAUAUAAGAGUGUUUUAGAUCCUCUUGAUCUGCCUGUCGGUAACUUUGUCAAUACAAUAGCAAUUACAGUCUUUCCUGUUCAUAUUUACUUCAAAAUGUUCCUGCUUUUUUCUUCUUUAGGGAAUUCUAUAAGUUAGAAUAACAGUGAACUGGUCCAACUGGAGAAUGCACUCCUACCCAAUAGGCAGAUCUCUCUCUGAGCUGGCACUUAAUGAGAAGCAGCACAACUCACCUUGCAGUUUAAAAUUUAUUUAGAACAGAUAAGUUUUCUUCGCCUGAAGUUACCCCUCAGUAAUAUUAGUUUGCUCCUUCUAUACUGUCGUCUUAGGAUGCCGCAGUCUGAACAACACAAGCAAAGAGUUUUAAUAGCACAAGAAGCCUGAGAAAACUAGGUUUAUAUUUCUGCAGAAAUGGGUAGAAAGAUAAAGGAAAAAAAAUAUUAAAAUAUUCACAAGAAGUGCCCUAGAUAAGAUUGUUUCAUGUCUGAAGGCAUGUUGAAUCCUGUGGGAAACGAGGAGGCUGAACUUCUAGAAGGCUGUUUAAUUCCCAUGUUUCACACUCCAUCAACACAGUGUUAGAUACCAAAGUGGUAUUAGUGUAAUUUGUGAGAAUGCGGGCAUUUUAUAUAGAAAUAAUAAGUCCAAACCAAAUCUUUUGCUGUGUAAGAGCUGUGUGGAGAAUGAACAUCAGAGGCUUAAAAUGAGUAUAAUAAAUCAAAAUUCCAGAUGAGCCUCAGAGGACUUUAUUCACUUCAUUGUUUUCGCUGCAGAUCUAGCAUGGUUCAGCCAAAUGCAGACUUGGCGUUCUUCUGACGUUCAAAGCAUUCCUAAAUGUUCCUGAAGACUGAGCUCUUUUCUGUGCGUUGUCUUAAAGUGCUCAGUCCAUCAUUUAGAGUGCUCAAUGUGCUGUGUGCUUCUAUGUGCAGAAAUCACGAGUCCACAGUUUUGGUAAAGUUUGCAGCUAAUACAGUGGUUGUCCAAGUAACUUGCAUCAUGAAAUUAUAAAAUUCCUGUAAGAGAAAGCAGGAAUCUCUCAGCUGGCCGACAUAGAGCAGGACUUCUCUUCCGCCACCGUUCUGUUACCAUGUUCAAUUUAAACCAUCCUGAAAAUGCACCAGAAAUCAAGCUCUGUGCUGGAACAUUCUACUGCGUUUUUCAAGUUUGAGGGAACUUCUACAAGCAAGCAAAGUGAAAAUAUCUCUAUAUGUUUCCUGUUCUUAAAGGGACCAAUUCCAUCUUCAUGUGUAAGCUUUGUAACUUGUUCUCACCAAAUCAGUCCGAACUGUUGUCUCACGUCUCUGAGAAGCACGUGGAAGAAGGGACCAAUGUGGAUGACAUCAUUAUUCCGCUCCAGCCUCUAACAGCACCCACAAACAUAAGCAAAGAGGGAGAAGAGCUUCUUGUAGUGAAGAGGAAAAGGGGCAGACCAAAAGGGUCUACCAAGAAGUUUUCUGUGGAUGAAGAUGUGGCAGAAAAUAACUCUGUUCCAAGUGAAGAAACUCCUCCUGGGACAGAAGAAGGUCCGGAACCGGCUGAAGUCUCACCGGGCAGCUUGGAAUGUAGGAAAUGCAAUCGGAAGUUCUCCAACACGCGCCAGCUGAGGAAGCACAUCUGCAUCAUUGUUUUAAAUGAGGGAGAGGAAGAAGGAGAUGGAGGUAAUGAUUCUGACGUUGACCUUGACAGGAAGGAAGAUGAGCGAGAAAAAACUCCAAAGAAGCCCCGAGUGCAGAAAACAGAGAAAACUCCAUCAACUAAGGAGACUGAACAGGUUUCAGGAGCUAAAAAUCCUAUUAUAAGUGUGGUUUUGACAGCCCAUGAAGCCAUUCCAGGAGCCACAAAAAUAGUUCCUGUUGAGGCUGCUCCCCAGGAAAGUGAACCCGCAACUCCAGAGUCAACAGUUCAAGACCCAUCACAACGAAGAGGAUAUCAAGAAUAUGCCAUUCAGCAAACCCCAUAUGAACAGGCAAUGAAAUCAAGCAGGUUGGGUCCAACUCAGCUGAAGAUUUUUACAUGUGAAUACUGUAACAAGGUGUUCAAAUUCAAACACUCCCUCCAAGCACAUUUGAGGAUUCACACAAAUGAAAAACCUUACAAGUGUUCGUACUGCAGUUACGCCAGUGCAAUCAAAGCCAACCUUAACGUUCACAUGCGGAAACAUACGGGGGAGAAGUUCAGCUGCGAUUACUGUACAUUCACCUGUCUCAGCAAAGGCCAUCUCAAAGUCCAUAUUGAAAGAGUUCAUAAGAAAAUUAAGCAGCAUUGUCGCUUCUGCAAAAAGAAAUACUCCGAUGUUAAAAAUUUGAUCAAGCACAUCAAGGAAACACAUGACCUUCAAGAUAAAAAGGUGAAAGAUGUUUUUGAUGAGCUUCGCUUGAUGACACGGGAGGGCAAAAGGCAACUUCUUUAUGACUGCCAUAUUUGUGAACGAAAAUUCAAAAAUGAACUCGAUCGAGACCGUCACAUGCUUGUUCAUGGCGAUGAGAGGCCGUUUGCUUGUGAGCUCUGUGGUCAUGGAGCCACUAAAUACCAAGCCCUUGAGCUUCACGUUCGGAAGCACCCGUUUGUAUAUGUGUGUUCUGUGUGCCUGAAGAAAUUUGUCAGUUCUGUAAGACUCCGUGCUCACAUCAAAGAUGUGCACGCGGAUUUGCAGGAGGCUUCUGUUUAUAACAGUUCUAUCAAUCAGAGUUUCUGCCUGCUGGAGCCAGGAGGUGAUAUCCAGCCAGAAGCCCUUGGGGAACAGCCACCACCAAGUGCAGAUGGAACAAAUAUCACGAGUACCAAUACUAUUAAUGUACCACAACCGUCUGCUUGUAAAGGUGAAUCAACAGCUGCAGAUGUAGACCACAAUGGUCAACAUAAUGGUGACUUAAAAAUUGAUACUGUCCCUUUGUUAGAAUUUGAAUGUCCUCUGGUGGAGAACGUAACGGAGACGCUGUGUCAGACAACAGACGUAGCGGUCCCAAACGUUCAAUCCUGUGUAGCGUCAGAUUGCUUUCUGCUGAAAAAUGGUACUUCUGGUCCUGAUGUGUUAAAAGUUCCUCCUGCAAAUGAAGAGGAGGUUAAUCACUGUGGAUCUGUAGAUGAGCAGGGUGAAGAAAUUCAGCUUCUGCUGUCUGAAGACAAAAGUUUAAAUCCAAGUCAGAACAACGGGAUGACUGAGAACCUUUCGGUCUCUGAAGAGAGAAAUCAAUCUGUUCCUUCUAGUGAACCAGAAACAAGCAAUUUGCCAAUUCAAAAUUCCACAGAAACCACAAACCCUUUGCCAGCACCAGAAGCUGAUGCAGCCGUUGCUCCACAGGCAGCCACUUCCAACGCAGUUACACCAGACACUGGGAACGGAGCUGUUGCCUUUAUGCAAAUCUUGGAUAGCUUGCAGAAGAGACAAAUGAACACAGAGCUGUGUGAGAGGAUAAGGAAGGUUUAUGGAGACUUAGAAUGUGAAUACUGUGGCAAGUUGUUUUGGUACCAAGUACAUUACGACAUGCACGUUCGUACGCAUACUCGAGAACAUCUAUAUUACUGCUCCCAGUGCAACUAUUCCUCCAUCACCAAAAAUUGCCUUAAGCGUCACGUCAUUCAGAAACACAGUAAUAUUUUGCUGAAGUGUCCCACAGAACAUUGCGACUACUCUACUCCAGAUAAAUACAAGCUCCAGGCACAUCUUAAAGUUCACACUGAACUGGAUAAAAAGACUUAUUCCUGUCCUGUGUGUGAGAAGUCGUUUUCUGAAGAUCGACUUAUAAAAUCGCACAUCAAGACAAAUCACCCUGAGGUUUCAAUGACUACAAUUUCUGAGAUUCUUGGCAGAAGAGUUCAGCUGAAAGGACUUAUUGGAAAACGAGCUGUGAAGUGUCCCUACUGUGAUUUUUAUUUUAUGAAGAAUGGAUCAGACCUUCAACGUCAUAUUUGGGCUCAUGAAGGUGUCAAACCCUUUAAAUGUUCUCUUUGUGACUAUGCCACUCGCAGCAAGAGUAACUUGAAAGCCCAUAUGAAUCGUCACAGCACUGAGAAAACGCACCUUUGCGAUAUGUGUGGGAAAAAGUUCAAAUCCAAAGGCACUUUGAAGAGCCAUAAACUCCUCCAUACUGCUGAUGGGAAGCAGUUUAAAUGUACAGUGUGUGACUAUACAGCUGCCCAAAAGCCACAGCUCCUCCGUCAUAUGGAACAACACGUCUCGUUCAAGCCUUUCCGCUGUGCACAUUGCCACUAUUCCUGCAACAUAUCUGGUUCUCUGAAGAGGCAUUACAACAGAAAGCAUCCCAAUGAAGAGUAUGUAAACGUAGGUUCUGGGGAGCCUGCAGCAGAAGCCCUUAUCCAACAAGGUGGCAUUAAGUGUCCUGUUUGCAGCUUUGUGUACGGUACAAAGUGGGAGUUCAACAGACACCUUAAAAACAAGCAUGGAAUGAAGCUUGUGGAACACGAUGGGGAGACCAAGUGGGAGUUAACUGCUGAAGUUUCUGAAGAAGCGUCCACUCAGUAUGUCCAUAUCACAGAGGCUGCAGAAGAUGUUCAAGGCACUCAGGCUGCCGUAGCUGCCUUACAGAACCUUAGAUACACUUCUGAGAAUGGUGAAAGACUUGAUCCAGCAGCUGUGAACAUCCUGCAGCAAAUCAUCGAGUUGGGGUCGGAAACCCAUGAUGCUACUGCAGUUGCUUCUGUAGUUACUAUGGCACCUGGCACUGUGACAGUGGUAAAGCAGGUGAAAGAAGAGGAGCAGUCAGCCAACCACACUUUGAUGAUCCAGGAGACGCUGCAGCAGGCGUCAGUGGAGCUGGGGGAGCAGCAUCACCUGGUUGUCUCAUCCGAUGAAGUGGAGGGAAUCGAGACGGUCACUGUCUAUACGCAGGGUGGAGAGGCUUCCGAAUUCAUCGUCUACGUUCAGGAAGCCAUGCAGCCUGUAGAAGAACAAACCAUGGAACAGUCGGUGCAGGAGCUCUAAAGAACUGUGUUCAAAGGAGAUGGCUACUGGAUUUGCCAAAGCCAAAAGUUUGGGGUUUGUUUUUUACUUAGCCAAAAAACAAGCAAGCAAGCUGACAGAUUUUCACUUAAUUUGUAAAGCAAGACCUUGUUGCUAGAUAGCGAUCUGACCGGUUGGACUGUGUCAGUGACCUAAGACGUAAUAUGUACAAAACCUUCUCAGACUUUUUUUUUCUAAAAAACUGUUCAUAUUUUAAGGAAAAAGUAUUCUUCCCCUUUUUAGAAGAUCUCUCACUUGUUUCCUUUAAAUCCUCACAAAUAUUGUCUGCUCAAACCUGUGUUAUGCCACAAUAAUAAAACAUCUAUAAAGGUAGCUAGAAUGUCUAGAAAAGUCCAUACAUCCCUUUUUAUACAUAUGUACUUGACUUGACUGGAAGCAGAGUUGUUUUUUCUUUGAAUUAGAAGGGCUUCUUAUUUCUGAGUUCAUACUUAGAAUGUGUUUGCUGAGUUGUGGUUCUAACCCAAACACAGGCUUAAGACUCUUAUUAGAAACAUACCACAGAUGGAUGGUAGUUGUACUUGUGAGAUGAUUCUUUGAGUUUGGGAGGUAUUUAAAGCCAUAUAUGAUAAUUCUGGGUACCAGCAGGAUGACCGUUAUUUUGAUAACGGAAUAAUGAUAACUCUUUACAUCCACUGGGUAGGUACCUGUCUGGUACCAUAGGAUGAAACCAAAUCUGUCUAAUCCAUGAAAUAUUAUAUUGUUUUUAAGAAAAAGAUUAUAUUAAAAUAAUUUGUAAAUGCUAUAAAAGAUGGAUGUCCAUAUGUUUUAAACAGACAUGCUUGUAAAUAUGAUUGUGUGAAAGAGCUUGUACAAAAAACUUAAGUAAAUAUUGACAAGAAUCUAGAUCCUCCUAAUUAUGCAUGUAUAUAGUUCCAGAUUUUUCUUUGUGAAUCUUGAAUUGUUUCUGAUUCAAUAUUUUUAAAUUUGAGCUAUAAAAGUUAUUAAUUAAUGACAAAAUUCUCAUGUUUUCUUCUAAUACUCUAAUUUCUUAAGUGUUGACUUCCCAUUCACAGUUAAGUAAAAAAUGCUGUUUUGCAUUGACUCUGACGAA